AUGACUGUUACCUACACAGCCCGGGUGGCCAAUGCCCGCUUCGGCGGCUUCUCGCAGCUGCUGCUCCUGUGGCGCGGGAGCAUCUACAAGCUCCUGUGGCGAGAGCUGCUGAGCUUCCUCGGGUUCUACAUGGCACUGAGCGCCACCUACCGUUUCCUACUGGCCGAAAAGCAGAAGCGGUAUUUUGAGAAGCUUGUCAUUUACUGUGACCAGUAUGCCAGCCUCAUACCAGUCUCCUUCGUGCUAGGCUUCUAUGUGACGCUGGUGGUGCACCGCUGGUGGAACCAGUACCUGUGUAUGCCGUUGCCCGAUGCACUCAUGUGCGUGGUGGCCGGGACCGUGCACGGACGCGACGAUCGCGGCCGCCUCUACCGACGCACUCUUAUGCGCUAUGCUGGACUCUCGGCGGUGCUCAUCCUACGCUCUGUCAGCACCGCGGUCUUCAAGCGCUUCCCCACCAUAGACCACGUGGUGGAGGCCGGAUUCAUGACCCGGGAGGAGCGCAAGAAGUUCGAAAACCUGAACUCCUCUUACAACAAGUACUGGGUGCCCUGCGUGUGGUUCUCCAAUCUGGCAGCCCAGGCCCGACGCGAAGGACGCAUCCGCGACAACAGCGCCCUCAAGUUACUGCUCGAGGAGUUGAAUGCAUUUCGGACCAAAUGCGGGAUGCUCUUUCACUAUGACUGGAUCAGUGUGCCCCUUGUCUACACCCAGGUGGUGACCAUCGCGGUAUACAGCUAUUUCCUGGCUUGCCUCGUGGGCCGGCAGUUCCUGGACCCAGCUCAGGGGUACAAGGACCACAACCUGGACCUGUACUUCCCUGUCUUCACCUUGCUUCAGUUCUUCUUCUACGUUGGCUGGCUCAAGGUUGCAGAGCAGCUCAUCAACCCCUUCGGAGAGGACGAUGAUGACUUUGAGACCAACUUUCUCAUUGACCGGAACUUCCAGGUCUCCAUGCUAGCGGUGGAUGAGAUGUAUGACGACCUGGCCAUGCUGGAGAAAGAUCUGUACUGGGACGCGGCCGAGGCACGAGCCCCAUACACGGCAGCCACAGCCUUCCUGCAGCAGCAGCCCUCGUUCCAGGGCUCUACCUUCGAUAUCACGCUGGCAAAGGAGGACAUGCAGUUUCAGCGACUGGACUGCACGGAGGGCCCCCUGGGAGAGGCACACGGCGACUUCCUGCAGCGCUUCCUGCAGACAGGCCCGGGAACCGCCUUGCUGGGCCGGCGCCUGUCGCUGCUGCGCCGCAAGAACAGCUGCGUGUCCGAGGCGUCCAUCGCGGCCAGCUGCGCGUGCGCGUGCGCCCCCGACGGUGCGACUCUCGAGUGCGGCUGCGCGGACCCGCUCCUGGAGCCGGCCACGCGGGAGCCGGAGCCUGAGCCCCCAACUGGCCCCGAGCCACCGGCUCUCCCGCCAGGCUCCGACCCCUUCCCCGGCCUGCCCCUCCCCGGGCCCCGCGUGCCGGCCCCACCCUGGCUGCCGAGCCCAAUCGGCGAGGAGGAGGAGAGCCUGCCCUAAGCAUCUAGAACAGAGACCCAAGCCCGCACACC